GAGAGGGCGUUUCGGCGCAUGCAUUCCACAGCGGAGCUUUGGUGUUCUGAAUUUAUACUGUUGGCUCAGGCCGUCUAGCUAGAGGAGGCGAAAUCUGCGGCAUGCUUUGUACAUCACUGGCUUUAGAUUGUUGUGUUUCGUUUUGGUCACGGUCCAGUUUCUCUGUCGCGAGGUGUGGAUUGGGACUUUGCUCAUAUUUGGCGGCGUAUAUAGUAAAUAUCAUGAUUACUCUCGAAAUAUCAGCACUCAGUUUCUUGACUGAUGACCUGACUUGGCCAUUGAGGCACUGCUAUCAGGGAGAUAACCUGGAACAUGUGGCUCUUCUCGAGCCCAUCGGAAAAUCCUAUUCUCCUCCUUUCACAUUCGAUGCUCUACGAAUACUACUCGGCGACUUUCUGGUUGUAUACCGUGGUCUCAGGAGAAGGAACGGCUUGAAAAGGAUGAGCGAUCACUCUCGAUGGGAAAUACAUUUUUAAUUCUCGACGAUACCGCGAUGUUUAGCCCUCACCCAUAUUGCAGUCCUCGACUUUGGCGAUCCCGCGCGGUUUCUCUUUCUGCCAAUUGUGUGGGUCCGGGGCGGGACUACCUAUUAUGGACUCGGACCCUCCAGCAAGAGAUUAGCGAAUACCGAAAGGUCGUGGCUUAUGUAA